GUGUUGGAUCAAUAAAAUCAAAUGAAAUCAUUUUCUCUUUGGCAAAUCUCCUGGUAGCCUUUUUUCUGGUGCACCAUCAAUUGUGUGUGAAUCUCAUGGUGGAAGGACCACUCUGUGGACCAUCCCCCGCCCCCCAGAAGUGCCCACAUUUUCGCCUCGUGCUUCUGCUGUGUGAAUCAAAAAUUUAAUUCUACCCACACGAUAAAAGUGUGUGUUUGUGUCCAGAUCGUAAAAUUGUGAGGUUGAGUGUGGCAUUUGGGGUGGAAGUAUUGCCUGCGGGGGGGUGUGGGUGGAACUCGUGGAGAACUAUGGCAUGGACAUCACAAUAAAAAGGACCCUCAAUUCCACUUCGUAUCCUCGCUUUUUUUUUCUCUCUUUGUGUCCUCUGCAGCCACAGUAACACAUAACCCAUUCACAACGAUGAGUAUUUCCAGUCACACGGGAUUAAUUGCCAGUCAACCAAAAGUGGGGCAACGGAUCGUACAACCACUAUCGAGAGCAAUUACGGAUAUUUGUGCAGUGACACACCGUGCACCACUUCUUCUGCGACCCUUUGCAGCAAUCUACAACCCCUACUCGAAGAAUUGCUCUGUGUUGUGCAACCAUCCAGCUACUCCAGAAGUUAAAAAUGUUGUUAAACUUGCGAAGCAAUCUUGGCGAAAUGAAACUCUUGCGGCAUGUGGGAUUUCCGAGGAGCAUUCAGCAAGAUCCGGUGGGCGACGCAGGAGUACCAGUGUUCGGAUGUCCGACUAUGAUUUGCCUGAAAAUGUUCCGGAGGAGCUCUUCCGGAGAUUUACGGAUACAGAUAGUCGCCCCAUGACACCCACACCAACUGUAAUUAGUACAAAAACUCGCGUUAGCGUCAGCUCCAUGAAGAAUUCCCGACGAUGCGUCACACCUGAACCAAAGACCUUCUGCUCGAGUGCAAAAAAACGCAUCAUUUUGGAUCUCCGACGAAGCCAUAGUCAGGAGACUGUGUACUGGAAUGCUCCAUCGGACUUAUCACCAGCCCCGGGGACUUCUACCCUCACUGAUUGGACAUCACAGACGGACAAGGUGCAAAAGGAUCCGGAUGUGCAGGAGGGAGAUCAGCGACAAGUGCCACCGACUAUUAUUACAUCAGAAGGAAGUCCCGAACCCAAGGAGAGUCGCAAUGGGAGUCCACAGCAAAAUUGUGCCUUUUCCCGGGAUGAUAUGGAAGAGGAACCACGAAGGAGGGGGAAGAAGAAAAAGAAGAAUAGAAAUCAAACUGAUACAGCUACCUUCCGUCCAAAUCAAGAUCCUGUAACACAGGUGGCUACCCUCGUCCCAGACUCCCCUAGUCAGAGUCAACGUCCAUCUCUUGCAACGAAUGAAUCAGUUUUGAUGCUUCCGAAGAAAUCCUCCCAAGAUUCUCCACCACCUGGACGUCGGAGCAGUGUGAGGGAGUCCUCGUUUCUCGACGAUGAAAUUCUGAGCUUAUUGCGGAGAGGAAUUAGCGUGGAUCUCAUUGAGAAUAAUUUUGGAGCUCUUAUGAACGCAGCUCUGAGGGAAGCAAUUCGGAGUCUCCCCUUUGACGUGGAACCCCGUGAACCGGAUGUGGUGCGUGGCAUCAGGGAAAGUUUAAAUCUACCAGAUGUGAAUCACGAAAAGUGGCUCACGUUGCCUCGCAAGUACACAAGACUUGUAUCACGUUUUGAAUUACCGAUUGAUUCAACGGUUCUAAGUGAACUCACCCCAUUGGAAUACCUGAGCCAAUACGUCCACGUGUCCAAUUAUCGGAAGCAACUCUACCACCGUAUCUUCAUUAGGUACCUUCCUGAGAUAAAAAUUGACGAACUAUGUGAAAGAGAAGCUAACCCGGGGCCACGGGAUAGUGAAGCUGAUGUGGAUCCAUCGUGCGAGGACAUAGCGAGUGAAUACCUCAGUCAGCGCCUCAUACCCACUGACGAGGUAUGGGAGGCACUGAAAACCGCGCUACAUCCCCACGGUACUCCCGAUACAAUUGCCUCCAUUGCCGGCAAACUGGCACUGAGCACACAUGAGGAAAUCAAUUUUCGCGCAUGGUGCGGAAUUGUGGCUUUUGCUGAGCGAUUCAUCACCACAAUCCACCGUGAGAUGGAUACACGUCAUGAGAUUGAAGUGACGGAUUUCGAAUCUCUCGAUCGCAGACUGAACGGAAUCACUGUUCAUCCACAACUCAAGCAAAUUCUCUACAUAAUCAGAAGUUAACUGCUGUUGCAAUGGAUGAUGUCUCAAGUCAUUUGCAUAAGAAAGCAACAUAACGAGCUGAAAUAUUAUUUGCUACAGCUACUCUCGGCAGGACUUCCAGAAAGAGAGAUAUGCUUUCAACAUAGAAAGUCUCACUGUCUAACUAACAUUUUCUCUGUGUCUUGAGGAUGUAUUAUACUUGAGGUUGAGUUUGAGGAAUCACUAGGAGGCAGGAAGUAAGAUAUGGAAGAUGAAUUUAAUAUUAUCUGUUGAUGAAACAUAUCCUUAAAACAUCAUGUGUAAGGAAUUCUGUGAAAAUAAUUGCAUUCUAAAAAUAAAUAUAAUUACCUGUCUUUUGUAAA